CAUCUCCCCUGGCAAGCAAUCAAUAAUUUAUUGAUAAGAUCGCAUAAACUAGAGGAACCUUAAUCAAAUAGGACAUUUUUCAGGUCGAAAAGGCAAUAAAAGGAACAUGAAGGUCCAGUUAAUUUUGUGCGUAGCUGUUCUUUUGGUAGCUUCCGCAGCCGCGAGGUCUCUCGAAGCCUCAAAGAGGUGUUGUCCACCACCUCCACCUCCCCCACCAGCCCCGCCUGUUGCGGGACCCCCCGGACCUCCUGGCCCUCCAGGAGCCCUCGGCUGCGCGGGCCCUCCAGGAUCCACUGGUUGUCCUGGAUGGAAAGGUGCUCCAGGAGUAGCAGGACUAGCAGGACCAAUUGGACUUCCUGGAAAACCUGGUCUUAAUGGCGCAGUCGGAGCACCCGGCCCGAUGGGCCCCAUGGGACCAUCCGGAUGCCAAGGACUUAAAGGCUGCCCUGGACUCAACGGUGCCCCCGGUCCAAUAGGACCUCCAGGACCGCCAGGACCACCAGGACCCCCAGCUCAACCUUGCUGCGUCGCCAGGCGAUGUGGUUGCACAUCUGCUGUUUGUCCACCCCCAGAUGCACCUUGUCCUCCUCCACCUGCCCCUCCAGCACCAGUACCACCUGGCCCUCCAGGGCCUCCCGGACUACCAGGCUCUAACGGAUGUCAAGGUCCUCCAGGGAUGGCCGGUUGUCCUGGGCUUAAAGGGCCACCAGGCAGUGGAGGGCCACUCGGGCCACCGGGGCCUAUUGGACUUCCCGGUAAACCCGCUCUUCCCGGUCCACCCGGGCCACCUGGCUGCAUGGGAUUACCUGGCCUCCCUGGAUGUGCGGGAAUGAAAGGACCAGCAGGACCAGUUGGGCCGCCAGGCCCGGUAGGACCAGCAGGACCACCUGCCCUCCCAGGCCCUCCUGGACUACCUGGAAAAAUAGGCUGUGCUGGUGCUCCCGGAUGCCCCGGUUUCAAAGGGGAGCCCGGAGCGAUGGGACCAAUAGGACCUCCAGGAGCUCCAGGAAAACCCGCUCUUCCUGGCCCUCCUGGCCAACCCGGAAGUAUGGGACCGCCAGGUCUCCCCGGUUGCAGCGGCAUGAAAGGAUGCAACGGCAGUCCCGGAGCCCCAGGAUUUGUUGGCCCUGCUGGUCCUCCAGGACCCCCAGGAUCUCCGGGUCCACCAGGACCACCUGCUGAGCCACCGUGCGCCCCUUGCGGUGGUGGCUGCUGCGAACCGACUUUACAGGAUAGGAAAAUCGGUAAGAUGAAUUCCAAGAUAAUAUUUUUAUUUGUUCUUGCCUUCGUCUGCUACGCACAUGCUAGGUCGACAAAAGGCUCCAAACGUUGUUGUCCCUGUUGUCCGCCUCCUCCACCACCACCACCACCAGUUCAACAGGUCGCUGGACCACAGGGACCACCUGGACAAUCUGGAUGUUCUGGUCCCCCAGGAGCACCCGGAUGCCCAGGAUGGAAAGGAUGCCCAGGACCAGUCGGUCUCCCAGGACCUCCUGGUGCCCCUGGACCUCUCGGACCAGUAGGACCAAUGGGACCUAAAGGAUGCGGUGGAAGCCCAGGCCUCCCUGGUUGCCCCGGACUUAAAGGAUGCCCAGGAUGUGCCGGUCCACCAGGACCUCCAGGAGCUCCUGGACCUCAGGGAGUUCCCGGAGCUGCUGCCCCAGUCCCAUGCCCACCUCCACCACCUACUCCAUGCUGCCCUGCUCCCGCAUGCUGCAAAAGACGCCAAAAGGGCACAGGAAACCACAUCAUUUGCACAAGUAAACCAAGAGAAGCAACGAGUUAGACAAUUACAUUAAAAAAAAAGGUUUGAUUGUUUUAAAGCUUUUUAAUCAUGAGAUGAACAAGUUUCACUUUUCUUUUCCUUUUUCGCGAGCAUGCACUCUUGGACUAAUUGG